GCAAUAAUUUUAGAAAUGGAAUUUUGUUUUACCAUCUUACAGGAUAAGGAUGAUGGGAUCAGUAUGAAGAGUGGAGGAUUCAAAUAUCAGAACCGCAAGAAACUCAGUCAGCGGGAAUUAAAUGCAAUGCAUCCAACACAAAGGAGCAAAUAUUUAGCAUAUGAAAACCCACCAAAAGAAGCAACAGAAGCCAUCGCAAGCUCCAAGAAGAGAGUACAGGAUAAAAGCAAGAAACAUCUUGAAGAUUCUAGGAGAGAAAAUGAGGUUGAUAUUGAGAAAGAUAAACACAAUCAAUUAAUAGGGCAACUCAAAGCUGCUGAGGCUAGGAAUAGAUUACGAGUGAUGAGAUUAAGAUAUCAAGCCAACAGGGUAAGUUUGCAUUUUGUUUGGAUCAUAUUUAUGGUCUAUCGCUUUUCCACUUUUCUGAGCCAACCAUAAGGGGUGCACAAUAUC